GUCGAUAUUCUUUCAGGGGUAGGUCACUGACUGGUUAGUGACUGGUAAUCGGUUAAUCACAGCCCGGCACUCGUUAGAGAGAGUUAAUUGAAAGGCUAGCAGUGAGAGUUCCGACCACUAUCUGGUUAAAGCUCAGCCUCGUAACUGGCCCUUUCUGCAGCUGUUCUCCCCUCUGACGAUACAAGGACGAGAGUUAAUCCUGACGUCACUUUGCACAGACUACCAUGAAGUGAGGAGAAGGUGUGCACCAUGGAGCCCAUGAAGAUGUUGGACCAGAACGCUGCUGUACUGGCCAGCCACUUGUCUCACACACUGAAGGCGGGUGAAGAUGAGGUGGUGAAGGAGAAAGUCCACCGCAUGUGGUCCAUGCUGAGUACGGCGGUUCACGGCUCGAUAGAAAAGAUCAAACGUUCCGACUGGAAGCCGCGGGAACUAGAGCAUGGACUACGGCAUGUGCAGCGGGUCAAGCUCAUGAGAGAUGUCCACCAUGUGAUGUUUAAUGUCGUUACCCAGGAGUUCAUCUGCAUGCUUUCCAGUACAGAUAUCUGCAUCUAUCACUGUGAUGGGCGCAAGAUCAGGGAGCUGAGCCUGGCAGAGCCCCUGGAGGGCCUGCUGUACUCCCACAAGGUCCACCAGUAUGUUGGCUGGAACCACUGCCCCCAACUUAAGGUGCUGAGUCCAGAUUUCAGGACCCUCUCAGUCAACAAGGCCAGGCACAGCAUCACCUGCUGUUGUUAUGACCGGGAGCUGAACCAGAUUGUCACAGCCGGCACAGGCAACGUCUGCUCCUGGCGUUUCUACUUUGGCUGCCGGGACUUGAUAUGCAACGUCGCCAUCACACAAGGCUUGGCGGAGACUGACACCUUCACUGACUUGGUUGUGGAAGUGUGUCCGGUCUCAAUGCUGCCAGCAGCCUGCGUUCAGUGCUGCUAUGCUGUGUGCAAGACUGGAGUUGCCUCCUUUGACCUGACCAAGGGGAUCCUCCUCACCUACGAGAAACACCUGCACGAAAGGAAAAUCACAGGAAUCGCUAUUGUGGAGACGCUGAGAUGUGUGGCCACUUCCUCUCGGGAUGGGAGUAUAAAAGUUUGGGAUCAGUCUUGGAACCUGAAGAUGAUAUUUAUUGGACACCGAGGUCCUGUCACCGCACUUGCAAUUUACCCAGACGGUCCCUGCCUUCUCUCUGCCUCUAAGGACGGGACCUUGCGGGUGUGGAAUGUGGACACGGCGGAUCAGGUGGACGAGGUCCAGGUGGGUGUGACGGUCACUCGCCUGGGUGCGGAGCCGGGUCAGGACCACAUCUUCGGCUGCGCCCAGCAGAGGCUCGACUUCUGGACCAUCACGCGCCUGCACGUCCGGCACACGGCCAUCGGUUAUGAUGUGAGCUCCAUCCACGUUACCAACACUGCCUUGGCUGGCCACUUCCCCGUGCGGGCAGCUUGCUCCUGUGGGGACGGCACAGCCCGGCUGAUCUCCCCGGAGGCAGGAGACGUCAUCUCCACCCUCUUGCUGGAGCCAGGCCGGCAGGUGGUUGCCCUGGACUAUUGCUUGCCCCGGGAGGCUCUGGUAGCACUGACUGACCAGGGAGACCUUCUGAAAGGCAACUCCCUCUCCAACCCCAUGGAGGUGCUGAUGAAGGUGCCACAUGGUAGACAGGCAUCAACUAUCCACUGCCUCUGCAUCUACGCACACGUGGACCAGGUUAGCGCUGUUCACUCUCGCUGGCAGCAGGUGGUAAAAGGAGGCAGCGAGGAGAAGAUCCAGCAGUUUGGUGUGAAGGACAGUGACCGGUACCUAGUGAUAACUGGCCACGAGGAUGGACGGCUGUCUGUGCUGGACUGGAGCUCGGGGACCGCUCAGUACACAGUACAAGCUCACGACUCUGCCAGAGUGCUGACUCUGGUUCCGGACCCCAGUAACCAACGUCUCUUCUCAUCAGGUCUGGACAAGGCGGUGAAGGUGUGGCGGGUGUUUCCGUUUGCCCGGGAUUCUCUUACGCCUUUAAUGAGCUUCUUCGCUGCCCACACCCCCACCCACCUAUGCCUGCUGAAGAGUGCAUUCAUCAUGGCCCUUCAGAACACCGUCUCAGCCGUCCACUCCAUCGUCCUGUACGACGUGAGGAAGCGGCUACGCAGAGACCAUCAUCCAGACCAUGACCACAAGGAUGAGAUCACGGGUUUGAGCUCUUGUCCAGAUCUGAAGAUAUUUGCAUCCAUUUGCAGAGGAGGAGCGCUGAACAUUUGGGACCACAAGAACCAGCUGAUAAGAAUCGUUCACCUGAAAGCUGUGGCCAACAGCAUCUCGUUCUGCAACAGCAGGGGGGACCUACUACUGGGCAUUGAGAAGAACCUUCAUCGCAUGAGCAGUGAUGAGUACCUGACCCAGUCCUACCUACUCCAGGUAGCAUGCCAGGAUUUCAUCGAUCCUCAGUUGGAUAAUCCGGUUCCAAUAUCAAAGACUGCUGCAGAAUCUCUGUCACCCGCAGAUCUCCGGCGUCUGGGCCAAGCCCACUCAUUCAAGCACAGUCAAUUACGUACCCAGAUCUCAGAAGAAGAGCCAGAUGAGGAAACUAAAAGGAAACAGGAGGAACUGAAGGAGGCCUAUGCUGUGCUGGCGGCCAGAGAGCAGGAAAUUCUCCUCAUCCAACGCGGCCAACUGAAGAGCAAGAAAAACACUUCCCACUCAAAGAAAGUUCUACGGGAAGGUUUCCAGAGAUACAUGCAGCUGAUCUAUGGAGAGACCCCUCGGAUUGAGAUUCCAGAGCCGGUGAUGGAUGAGCCAGCAGAACAGCGGCUGGAACAACCGUACAAGUAUCUGAACAUCAGGAAAGGGUUCUUUCCCACCUUGGCUGUACCCAGACCCUGGGAUGAAGUCACAGAGGGUGAGAAAGAGGCCAGGGGACUGCCCUUCUGGGCAGGGCCCCCGGAUGUCCCCAUCGCCCUGGACGGCUUUAUCCCCAACUCGGUGUUCCUUCGCUUGCUCUGGCCCAUGGAACCCUGGCAAGACCUGCAUGAUUCAGAAAUAGAGCUGAGGGUUGAGGUGAAGGAGGUGGUGAAGACAAAACUGGAGUUGGAGCAGACACCAGAUUCAAAGGUGCUGCUGAAGUUGGAGACGUCGGUGUCCUGGGAACCAGAGUCCUCAGAUUUGGACCGUUCCCGUGUCUUCAGUACUACGCCGGAGCCAGUGAUGGAGACCGAGCCUCCAAAACAGGAGGAAAAGCUGCAAAUCACAAGUGAUACACCAGCCCCUCAGAAACCAAAGGUGGAAAAACUCACCACUCCAGUAUCCAGGCCCAGUCCAGCCCAGCGCAGAUCUCUGUCACAGGAACCAGAAGUCUCGCACUCACCUCCUCUCCCAAUGCCAGUUCAACGGUUCAAGGGGGAGGCCUGGUUUAAUAAAGCCUUUCCCAAUGCAGAUUCCAAGACGUUCUCACCAGACCUGACGGACGAGGGCUUUGUGCUGAUGCUCAUUAACCUGCUAUGGACGGCUGAGUACAAGGUGAAGGAGGAGGUCACCAACGUUCUGGCCAUGCUGCUGCCGUCGCAGCCAGCCGCCGUCUCUCGUCUGGCUCAGGAAACUCUCCUGGCCAUCCUCAGUGGGCCCAACCCUCCACAAGCAGAGAUCCGUGAACAGCGGGAAUUUAUCCGAGCGGCUCUGGGGGCACUGAAGCAGCUGGUAACUCACUCCCAGGAGUUCUUCGUGGAGUUAAUGGUCCAGUUCUUGCAGAGCGAUGUCAUUCUCAGGGCCACCGUCAAAGCCAUUCUGGAUGAGCUAGGUCUGCAGGACCCCCACAACUACCUGGAUAUGGAGCUGAGCUCUUGGGAAGAUAGAGACCACCUGGGCUCCCAAAACCGACAGGAACUUCGCAAAGUCAGCCAAGCCUGGCUCCGCUACUGGAUGCAACAGUUCAAGGAACACAUCCAAGGUGCUGCCAGAUCUCUGAACGCUGGGAACACACUGCGUGCCGCUCUGCCCAUCUCCUCCAGUGCUGUCCCCAACAGGCAUUCUCAGAGUAGUGUGGGUCGGAGACAGGGGAAGGCAUCUGCGCUGCGUCUGCAUGCACCCCAGACGCUCGGCUCCCUGGACUCGCUGCGUCCCAUAGAGGCCGUCAACUACUUCUGUGAACUGCAGCUGGAGCAGAAACUGCAGGAGCUGAGGGUGUCCGAGCAGCGAUCGGAGGAGGGACAGGAUGUCAGAAACGCGGUCCUCUUCCUGCCAAAGAUCACCAGGGACCGACCCAUCAUGAGGCUGGCAGAGACACGAGAGGCAGCGCCAACACAGAGGCGGCAGCUGCCCCACCUCCCACUGCGACCUCUGACUUUUGCCCUGGGCCGUGUCAUCAGGCUGCCCAUGUCAGAGGUUAGCCUCAACCCCUUCCCCUCAGUCCUUGACCGCCUCCCUCCACACAGCCUCCUCACCCUCCGGCGAUCCGGCCAGAAAUACUUCAUCCUGGAGCAUUCACUGGUGGGCAGCUACUGCUGACCCUGUGCCUGCAGUCACACCAUCACCCCUCUCACCGAACCUGAAUACGCCUCACGCUCGGUGGCAACCUGUACACCCCCACCCCUCGUAUGGGUACACCCCCAGCCCCCGCACCUAUACACACCCUCCCGUACGUACACCCCCACCCCCCACACCUGUACACUCCCCCCACCCCCGUACACUCCCCCCACACCUGUACACCCCCACCCCUUGCACCUAUACACCCCCACCCCUCGCACUUGUACACACCCCACCCCUUGCACCUGUACACACCCCUCGCACCUAUACACCCCCACCCCUUGCACCUGUACACCCCCCACCCCUCACACCUGUACACACCCCCCGCACCUAUACACCCCCACCCCUUGUACCUGUACACCCCCCACCCCUCAUACCUGUACACACCCCCCGCACCUGUCCCCCCACCCCUCGCACCUGUAUACUCCCCCGCACCUGUAUACCCCCCCCCCCCCAGCUGUACAUCCCCCUGCACUCCAUCCAGAGAUGCUUUAUUCACUGGUGGGCAUCUGUGCCCUGUCAGGUGGACUCUGUACACCUUCCUGUACAACCCUCACAGUAAAUCCACACAGCCCCUUGUAACCCCUCCUCGCACCAUGUAUACGUGUACUACAGGUGAUUAAAGAUUCUGAUUUAUCACAA